AAUUCCCUGCUGAAGUUUUGAAUAAAAUGGGCCGCAAAGAAGCCAACGGCAGCAUUUCUUGGAAGAAAAUGACUGACAACAUUCGAGAUGUUUUUGAGUUUGUGGAGGAGCUCGGCUCGGGAGCAUUUUCUGAAGUGUACCUGGUCAAAGAAAAGAAAACAGGGAAAAACUUUGCUCUUAAGUGCGUGAAGAAGACUGCCAAGAUGCAGGAUACAAACUUGGAAAAUGAGAUUGCUGUUCUUAAAAGAAUCAAACAUGACAACAUCGUUAGCCUGGAGGAUUUUUAUGAGAGUCAGAGUCAUUUCUACCUGGUGAUGCAGCUGGUCUCUGGUGGGGAACUAUUUGACCGGAUCUUAGAUCGUGGUACAUACACCGAGAAGGAUGCCAGUGUUGUCAUACGACAGGUUUUGGAAGCAGUGAACUAUCUGCAUCAGAAUGGCAUUGUCCAUCGGGAUCUCAAACCUGAGAACCUCCUGUACUAUAGCUCAGAGGAGAACUCCAAGAUCAUGGUCAGUGACUUUGGCCUUUCUAAGAUAGAAGAAAAUGGCAUCAUGUCCACGGCCUGUGGGACUUUGGGAUACGUAGCUCCUGAAGUUUUGACUCAGAAGCCAUACAGUAAAGCUGUGGAUUGCUGGUCAGUUGGUGUCAUCACAUACAUUCUGUUGUGUGGCUACCCACCAUUCUAUGAAGAAACAGAGUCUAGGCUUUUCUCCAAGAUAAUGAAGGCAGAGUAUGAAUUUGACUCUCCAUUCUGGGAUGAUAUUUCUGAGUCUGCUAAAGAUUUUAUCCGCAACAUGAUGCAGAAGAACCCCAAGAUGCGUUUUACUUGUGACCAGGCUCUGAGACAUCCCUGGAUUGCUGGAAUGACGGCUCGCACUCAUAACAUCUACAGGUCUGUCAGUGUGCAGAUCCAGAAGAACUUUGCCAAGUCAAAGUGGCGGCAAGCAUUCAAUGCCACGACUGUUGUGAAUCACAUGAAGAAGCUGCACCUCUCCAGCUCUGAGGUGAACCACAACAUGACAAAACUAGUGCCAAUAAUUAAUGUCAGCGCCGCCUGCCCUGCUCCCGACUCACCGAAGAAGAACAGUGACAAAGCCCAAGCAAAAAACUGCCAGACUGGUGUACCGUCUAAUCAUCACUGUCAUGCACUGAGAACGAUUCUUAGCGAACCAGCCAACAGCCUGGCACACUGCAGUGGUCAAGUGGAAAAGGGAAAGCAGUGUCUGCGGGUGGAGAAUAUAAAUGCCAACGUUAAGCAACAAUACACAACUCCAGCUCUGAUCAUCCCGAUGAAGAGCAUCAAAGGCCACUGCGGGCCACUCCAGACUGGCGUUUGUUCCAUUAUGUGAUAUGGUCCAGCGACUGUCUGAUGGACUGAAGAAACUUAACAGGAGCCUCUGCUCCCUAUUUUUUCUUUUUUGGAGGACACUCUGUUGAGGUUUCGACGAGUGCUUGGACAUGGCAUCACAUCACUACUGACUCAUCUGAGGACAGAAAUAUGGAAAGCAAGAAAUGGGGAACUGCAGAAAUGUGAGCUCUCCAUUGUGCCAGGGUCGCUAAUGAGUGCCUUGGCUGACCCAUAAGGAGGGCUGCACUGCAAACUUUAGGGAGAGUUCUUUGCUUUCUAGCCAAUGCCUGACUCUUAACUGUCUGUUUAACCACAAGAGCUUCUAUUUAUUUAUUUACAUAUUCUCUAUUGGUUUACGUGUAAUUUAAUAAUUUGGAUGAGAAGAACUUGGAGACAAAAAAUAGCAUUUUGACUUCUGAACAUCAUUUCUAGGUGUUAUUGGGAAGUCAUGUGGGAAUCUCCUCAUGGCAGUGCUACACUGCUGGCCAUACAGAGGUGGCUUGUGGGAAGCAUGUCUAGGCACUUGGCUCAGAGUUGUGCUUUUUAAAAUACUUUGAUACCCAAAAUCAGCUUUAAAAGUGUUUUACUUGUGGAACAAUGUUUUUAGUUGUGGACAGUGGUGGAUUCGCAGAUAUUUCUUGAACUUCACUCUGCAUUUAGAAACCACAAGGAUGGAGGUUCAAAUCCUACCAUCUGCUCAUUCAGGACCUCUUAACCUGUCUGCACACUCAUAAUAAAAUGUUUAAACAUGAAUUGUGUCUUACAGUUCAUGUUAAUUUUAACCACUCAAGUUUACCAUGAAAGGUGCUACAUUUUACACUUUGUAUAUAAUUAAGUCAUAACCCACUGCCAGUUGCAUAAAAAUAUGAGUGUGCAUUUCUCGUAUGUCUUUGUGUAAUUUGUGAUGUACUAAACUCUGUUUAUAGAGUUCACAAUAUCUAUGUACAUACAGUGCCCCCUUAAUCAUUCUCUUUAUUAUUAUGUGUUUUGACACUGAAUGCUUUCCAGACUUUAACUAAAAUCUAAUAUCAGAGGGUACCUAAGUGAACAAAUAAUGUAUGCAUUUUAACAUACUGUAUAUCAUGUAUCUAAUGAGAAAAGUCAACCAACACUAAUUGGCACUGAGUGAAAAGUAAUUGAAUUAGAGGUCAACUACAACUAAUUUGGUUGAAGGUAUGAAUAUAUUCAUUUAAACAUUUGCAGCAAUAGAGGAAAUAGGGCAAAUAGUUUUUGGGGAACUGU